UCUUGAACCCUUCCUUAAUGUCACCGGAAUGUUCACCAACAACCUCAAAAAAGAAAACAGAGGACCUGAACGACCUUCCCUCUGCCAGUCAAAGGAGUGUGCCACUGGCUGUGGCCGAAGCUCUGGAGCACAUCCUGGAGCAGCUCAAUGUCCUCACACAGACUGUCUCCAUCCUAGAGCAGCGAUUGACCUUGACAGAGGAUAAGCUGAAAGACUGCCUUGAAAACCAGCAGAAGCUGUUCAGCGUCGUCCAGCAGAAAAGUUGAAUACAAGGACCAGAAGAGGCACAAUCCACGAGCGCGUGCACAUACUCGGGAAGGUGGCGCAAGGACUCCCUGCACACGACUGUUCCUGAUUAUCAUGGCAUUCCUGAAAAGCUGAGCGGCAGAAGAGGCCAACUAACCACUGACUGAGACACACAGUUCACUAUGGAGGACCAACUGAGAGCGCUACUAUUUAUGAUUGCAGUAAUAAAAUGAAGAGCAUUCAAGUGACUCUACAUUCUUCCCGUAUUAUCUCAAAUGUCAGUUUUCACAUCUAGGCCAAAUCCUGCCAGGAAACCUACUAAAUCUCUGGAUUUCACUGUUAUGUCAUUUCAGAUCCACUGUGUUCCUUAGAGCAAUUAAUGUAUUUCUUUAGUGAACACACCCUUAGGGUGAAAUAAUUCACUUUUGUCUAAAAUAGCAUCCUCUCUGUGGAGAAUGAGUUAUUGAUCUGACUUGUUAUAUUUCUUCCUAUUAAAAAAAAAAAAUCCUUUCUUGAAUCCUUGAAAAGAUGGUCUGCUAAAAAUGCCCAGACCACAGAUUUCCACAGUAAGAUUACCCGUAUUUAGCAGCAGCACCACGUGCCACAGGGCAGUGGGUUCUUGCUUACUUGCUGGCAUUCCUUGGUUAUCCUCAGGCCACCUGAAGGAAAAUGAAGAAUUAGAAGCACAUGAAACACAUCGAGCUUUUCUGUCACAGGUGAAUGUACUAAGCAAUUUGUAUUGUAUCUGAUCACAAUUCACAAAAAUUUUAGUGUGAUUUCAGGAUGCUAGAAAGCCAAAAGGAUGCAACGGUGAUAUUUAAACACACACACACACGCACAUGCUGCAGAAACACUGCUGCUUACGGUGCUUUGGGCAACUAAAUAAUAAGUACUUUAAAAAAAAAAUGCAUCAUCGUCUUCCGAUUUUUUAAUGAACUAUGAUUUAAAACAAAAUGAAAAUAAGCCAGGCAGGAUCCUGGUUACAAAUUAAGAAUUUUGUUUUACCUUAAUGAAAAUAGAGGUGAGGGUGAAGAAGAGCAGGCUAGUGUAAUUCAACUUGCUUAUCUGUUAACCUGUAUCAAGAGCAGCGGUGGGAGAAGGCAGACCACAACUGCGGCAUGUAGGUGACACGUAGGGGGUGCUGGGCUGGGUUUGGAAAAGAAGACACGGCAAGGUCCUAGUCCUGCAGGAGUCUAUAUUUAGAAAUUGUCCCUAAAGCCAUUCCAAUUGUAUCUUUGAGGUGGGUCUUUAAAAUCGUCUCUUGAUGUCAAAAGUGCCUUUUUGUGUCCUAAGUGUGACUGACCUUCAGACGUUUCCAAGAGCUUACAAAGACUAGUGGCAUUGUAUGUGUAUGACCUCAUGAGAAGAUUAAGUAGAAAAUGAAAUGUCAUUAUCAAUUUUUGCUUACUCUUUUUUAUGCUUCAAACAAUAAAGGCAUUUUUUGCUUUAAAAGGAAAA